AUGUUGCGCCAAGAUCAAAGAGACAAACGUAUAUACGCUGGAGACCCAGGCCUCUUCCCCUACCCUCCUCCAGUUCCGGAUGACUGUAUAGAUCCCCAUGAGGAACCUCCUACUAAACGGGAUGGAUUGCUACGGUCUAUUGUCUUAGUGUCAAGGACAACUUCAUCCGAAUGGGGAAACAAAGAGGUUGCUACUACACGGGCCACUAUAGAACCAACCAUAACGCCACAGAACGAGGACUUGAUUCGGACCUACCACCCUUCGCUAGGCCCAGUCGACGGCGUCUGGGUCACGAAAGAGUCAAACGAGAAGUCUAUCUGGUUAGUUGCUCCUGGUCCUCUCGACCUCCCGGCUGGCCUAGCUGCACCGUCGACUGUAUGUUUCGCAGAACAACCGGAUCCCCUCAAAGCAGUUCUCAAUCCACGGAGAUUCCUCCAAUCGCACGACCUUCAUGUUCUCCGGGAGAUGUUUCCUCUGGCUGUCGGUGCCCGAGUUCUUAUCAGCGGAUUCAUCGUUAUUCUGUUCAAGUCUCCCGUCCCUUUCUAA